AUGUCGAAUCUCACCUUACAGGCGGAGCCGGGAGAUUACCGAGCCGUUCUUCCGGCCCUCGCCGCGUCGAUCUCGGGGAUCGUAGUCCCGAUUGCCACCCCCUCCCCUUCCGCCGCCGCUUCUGGCCGCCAAGCCGCGGGCCCGCGCGAUGAUCCGGUUUUCGGCGCCGCGCCGUGUUUGACGGGGCCGGACGGUGUGCGACUGUACGACACUGUCGCCGCCGCGCGAUUCAUCGCCGCGGCGAGCGAAGCAGGGGCAUUGCUACUCCCAGCCGACAGCUCUGUGGAGGCCAUUAGUGCGGAGGAGUGGCUGUAUUGGGAGGUGACUGUACUGCAGCCUCAGGUGCUUGCAGCAGCUGCAGGCCACAUCCAAGAGCUCACAAAAGACGCAUCUGACCGCCUCUCGCAGGCGCUUGCCGCCAACCCCAAGCACAUUCUGGGCGGCACGGAUUUGUCUCUUGUGGACCUGGCCGUCUGGAGUGAUCUGCUGCUGCUGUUUGGCCCGGGUGGCAAGCUUUCAUCUGACAACGAGUCGCCUUUGGCCAAGUGGUUCAGGUCAUGGGAGAGCGAUGCUCGCUUCAAGGCGGCUGUAGCUGCUGCUCUGGCCUCUGCUCCCCCAGAAGCCAUCGUUCAGUCUGCUGCUGCGCAGUUCGCUUCCCAGAUGGCUGCUGCACCCGGGCAGGCUGAAAAAAGUGUCGUGAAGCUGCCCGAGCCGGGCAAGCGGAACAUCAUGGUGACGAGUGCGCUGCCCUACGUGAACAACGUCCCGCACCUUGGGAACAUCAUCGGAUGCGUUCUGAGUGCGGACGUGUUUGCGAGGUACUGUCGGCUGCGGGGGUACAACGUGAUCUUCAUGUGUGGCACAGACGAGUACGGCACCGCCACUGAGACCAAGGCCAUGGAGGAGGGGGUCACGCCGCGGCAGAUCUGCGACAAGUACCAUGCCAUCCACCGGAGCAUCUACGAGUGGUUCGGGAUUUCCUGCGAUAAGUUCGGCCGGACCUCCACGCCGCAGCAGACGAAGAUUUGCCAGUCGAUCUUUAAAUCGAUUCACGAGCAGGGGCGACUGAAGGAGGACACGAUAAGCCAGCCCUACUGUGUGGUGUGCUCGCGUUUCCUGGCAGAUCGGUUUGUGGAGGGUACUUGCCCCACGCCCGGGUGUGCCUAUGAGGAUGCCCGGGGGGACCAGUGCGACCGCUGUGGGAAGCUGCUCAAUGCCGCUGACCUCAUCAACCCUCGAUGCCAUAUGUGCCACAGCCGCCCGGAGAUCCGCAACACGGAGCACCUGUUCUUGGAUCUGCCCGAGCUGAAAGCUGAGCUGGAGGCCUACGUGAGCGACACGUCAGCAGCGGGCGGGUGGAGUGCCAACUCGAUCCAGACGACCAACGCGUGGAUCAGAGACGGGUUAAAGCCCAGGUGUAUCACGAGAGAUUUGAAGUGGGGCGUGCCCGUGCCUCUUGACAAGUACAAGGAUAAGGUGUUCUACGUGUGGUUUGAUGCCCCCAUCGGCUACAUCAGCAUCACAGCCAACUACACGGAGCAGUGGGAGCGGUGGUGGAAGAACCCUGAGGAGGUGGAGCUGGUGCAAUUCAUGGGCAAGGACAACGUGCCCUUCCACACCGUCAUCUUCCCCUGCACAUUGCUCGGCACCAAAGAGCCAUGGACGCUCAUGCGGACCAUCAGCGUCACAGAGUACCUCAACUACGAGGGGGGCAAGUUCAGCAAGAGCCGCGGCGUGGGCGUGUUUGGCAAUGACGCUCAGGACACGGGGAUCCCCGUGGAGGUGUGGCGCUACUACCUUCUGACAAACCGGCCAGAGGUAUCCGACACAGUGUUCACCUGGGCGGACCUGCAGGCGAAGCAGAACAACGAGCUGCUCAAGAACCUCGGGAACUUCAUCAACCGCACGCUUGCAUUCCUCGCCAAGCCAGAAGGCGAGGGCUUCGGGUCAGUGGUUCCAGAAGCGCCAGGAGCAGAACAGGACGAGCUGACUGCCAAGUUUGGCCAAACCGUGGGAGACUUGGUGAAAGAAUACAUUGACAACAUGGAGAAGGUGAAGCUGAAAGCGGCGCUCAAAACGGCCAUGGCGGUCAGCAGCGCGGGCAACCUGUACCUGCAGGAGUCCAAGUUCUGGAAGCUCUAUAAGGAGGAUAAACCGCGCUGCGCUGUGGUGAUGCGGUCGGCUGUGGGCGUGGUGCAUCUGCUGGCCACUCUGCUGCAACCCUUCAUGCCCUCCUUCUCAGAAAAGGUGUUGGCGCAGCUGAAUCUGCCCGCCUCAUCACUUUCUCUCACGGAUGCCGCAGCAGCAGCAGCCUACCAGCCGUGGGGGUUGGUGGCAGCAGGGCAUGUCAUCGGUGCCGUGGAGCCCAUCUUCCGGGAAAUGAAGGACGACGAGGUGGACGCUUUCAGAAACAGAUUCGCUGGUAGCCAGGCGGAUCGCACUGCUGCUGCCGCCGCUGCUGCUGCUGGUGGUUCUGCCGCUGGUGCUGGCGGUGCUGGUGGUGCUAAGGCAGGUGGUGGUGGUGGAAAGGGGAAGGGGAAAGGUAGCGGCGGUGGUGGUGCUGCUGAUGGUGUGGCGAAGCAGAAAGGGGAGGGCAAGGAGAAGGGAGAGAAGGGAGACGGGGCGGCAGAUGGUGCAGCUGAUAAGAAAGAGAAGAAGAGCAAGGGGGAGAAGGGGGAGAAGGGCGAGAAGGGCGAGAAGGGGGAGAAGGGGGAGAAGGGCGAGAAGGGGGAGAAGGGGGAGAAGGGCGAGAAGGGGGAGAAGGGCGAGAAGGGCGAGAAGGGCGAGAAGGGCGAGAAGGGCGAGAAGGGGAAAUCGGGAGGAGGGAAAGCAGGAGGAGGAGGAGGAGCAGCGGAGAGUGCACCGGUGGAUGUGUCUCGGUUGGAUCUGAGAGUGGGGCGGAUAGUGAAGGUGGACAAGCACCCAGACGCGGACUCACUGUAUGUGGAGCAGAUUGAUUUGGGUGAAGCCGAGGGGCCGCGCACCGUUGUCAGUGGACUCGUGAAGUUUGUGCCGAUUGAACAGAUGCAGGAUCGGCUGGUGUGUGUGUUGUGCAACCUCAAGCCAGCAGCCAUGAGGGGCGUCAAGAGUCAUGCCAUGGUGCUCGCUGCCUCUAAUGCCGACCACACUCAGGUGGAGCUUAUCAACCCGCCUGAAGGGGCAGCACCUGGUGAUCGAAUCACCUGCCCUAAUUACCCCGGGGAGCCAGACGCGCAGCUGAACCCGAAGAAGAAGGUGUGGGAAGCGGUGCAGGUGGAUCUGCGCACCAACGGGGAGAGGGUGGCAUGCUACAAGGGCGUGCCCCUGGCUGUUGCUGGCGGCGUGUGCACUGCUGCUGCUCUGGCUGAUGCCUCUAUUGGGUAG